AUGGAGGCUAUUGCCCACUUGAAGGAGCCUGAUGGUUCAAAUAAGACAGCGAUUGCUUCAUACAUUAAGGAGCAAUAUUGGCCACCUCAAGAUUUUAAGAGGAUAUUGUCAGCAAAACUGAAGCAUUUGACUUCGUCUGGCAAACUGAUCAAGGUCAAACGCAAAUACAGGGAAGCACCAGCUUCAUUUUCCAACAGGAGGAGUGCUUCCAUGUUACUGCUGGAAGGAAGAGAGAGAUUAUUCCAAAGAGCUGAGCAACUGGAGGAUUUCAACGUGGCUAGAAAACCACAGAUUGACCGGGAACUAUCUAGGAUGAGAAAAAUGAGUGCCAGCGAGGCGGCAGCUGUUGCUGAUCAAGCAGUUUCCGAGGCAGAGGCUGCCAUUGCGGAAGCAGAAGAGGCCGUUAGAGAGGCAGAGGCCGCCGAAGCUCUUGCUGAAAAGGCAGUAGCAUUUUCUGAAGCGGCGACGAAGACAAUGAAAGGAAGGACCAAUUCUAAGGUAGUACACUCUUUUGGUCCCCUCUUCGUCUGA